GGCGGAAGCCAGGGAACCAGCUGAGCUUUACAGAAGCAGCAUUUAGAUUCUGUGAACUUUCUUCUAAGCAUCGUCCUGCUGGUUUCUCCUUUGGGGGCAAAAGAAGGUGAGGGGAGUAGGGGGACAAUAGGCACAAGGACCACAGGAUGGAUGGGAGAGCCACCCAGGAUGCUGCCCCAGGCUGGGGGAGGAGAGGGAAUUCAGCUCCCAACUCCUGAGCAAGAAAAAGCAGAGAGUCUGAGUUGGAGAGGUGAUCCAGGCUCUCCCAGCUGACCUCCCAAGUCCUGGGCUCUGGGACAAAUGGUUCUUUCCAGCCACUGCUGCCUUGACUGCAGGUGUCCCUGGGGCAGGAAGAGGCUCUCUGAAUAUUUCAGUACCUGCUGAGAAGGCCAAGGACUGAAGCUCCAGGGAGGCCCAUGGAGACCCACUUCCACCCGGGCUCCCUUCCCAAAACGCCCACCCCAGGACGGCCUUGGACCUGAACCCCCUGGACCACACAGAGAAAUGGCCCGUACAGAACCAGAUGCAGUGCCCACCUCCUAAUCAGUGGCUUGCAGGCUUUCUUGUGGUGCCAGGACCUUUCAUCUGCUCUGGCCUCCCAACUCUGGACUUAGCAAAACAGGGGUAUGGGUGACAGAGGCACAAAAGUCCUGCAGGGACCUUGCCAGGCCUCUCUCAAGGUUUGAUCAUCUUGACAGGCCCCGGUGUGGGGGGGAGGGGUGCUCCUAGUGCCCUCCUGCCACUCUGAAAGGAUUUCCACUGCCACCUGGGUGCCCAGGCUGAUGCCACCACAUGCUCAGAAGCCCCACCUCCCAGGGCUCUGGGUCAUGAUGUAGACACCUCCCUACACAAUGCCUCAGAAUCUUCAUCCCAUGGCCACCAUCACCAUCUGGACAGGAUCCCUCCAGCCCGGCUCCUGCCUGCCACCCAGGAUGGGUGACAUCUGUUUCCAGCUGCCUUGGCCUGGGCCCACCGUGCUGCUGGUCUCCCUGUUCCUGGCAGCUGGGGUGCUGCCCGCGGAGGCUGGCACCAGCUGCCCGGUCCUGUGCACCUGCCAGAACCAGGUGGUGGACUGCAGCAGCCAGCGGCUCUUCUCAGUGCCCCCGGACCUGCCCAGGGACACACGCAACCUCAGCCUGGCCCACAACCGAAUUGCCACGGUGCCCCCAGGCUACCUGACCUGCUACAUCGAGCUUCGAGUGCUGGACCUGAGGAACAACUCCCUGCAGGCAUUGCCCGCCGGCCUCUUCCUGCACGCCAAGCGCCUGGCCCACCUGGACCUGAGUUACAACAACCUGAGCCUGGUACCGGCAGACAUGUUCCGCGAGGCCCACGGGCUGGUCCACAUCGACCUGAGCCACAACCCAUGGCUGCGCCGCGUGCACCCCCAGGCCUUCCAGGGCCUGCUGCAGCUCCGAGACCUGGACCUCAGUUUUGGGGGGCUGGCCUUUCUCAGCCUCGAGGCCCUCGAAGGGCUGCCCGGGCUGGUGACCCUGCAGAUCGGGGGCAACCCCUGGGUGUGCGGCUGCACCAUGGAGCCCCUGCUCACGUGGCUGAGGAACCGGAUCCAGCGCUGUACGGCAGAUUCUCAGCUGGCUGAGUGUCGAGGUCCCCCUGAAGUCGAGGGUGCCCCACUCUUCUCCCUCACUGAGGAGAGCUUCAAGGCCUGCCACCUUACUCUGACCCUGGAUGAUUACCUCUUCAUCGCAUUUGUGGGCUUUGUGGUCUCCAUCGCUUCUGUGGCCACCAAUUUCCUCCUGGGUAUCACAGCCAACUGCUGCCACCGCUGGAGCAAGGCCAGUGAGGAGGAAGAGAUCUGACGUGACUUCCCUGCAUCCCUCUGUGAUGCCAGCCUACAUGGCCACAGAGCACUCUGUAUGAGCAUUAACUUCUAGGAUUUGGGGAUGUUAGAUAGAUCAAGCUCACCUCUGCCCUCAAAGUACUUACUUCUAAUAUUGUGGGAUUCCCAAAAACAACUCUCUUGAAGGCAAUAUGUUGAGCACCUAGUUAUGUAAAUCUAGAGAUGUCAUCAACAAUGCCUAGAAAAGUCCAAGAGAGUGACAAAAGUGGAGGUGAUUUGUGAACUGGCUCAUCAAGAAAUACCCACUUUAUCAGGCAGACAAAGAAGGUCCAACAUAAAAAAAAAAAAUGGUGGAGGCCAGAAUAGACAUGGUUGAGGACAACAACAAAGAACUCCUUUUUUAAAAUAUAAUAGAAAGGAGAUGGUAUCACAGACCUAAAACAUGCCUUCUGAUACCCAAUCUGUCAGCCUUUGCUGCUGUCCACACUGCCUGCAGAGGGUGAGAACACUCCCUUGCCAGCCUUCUUGGCCGCCUCCUACCAGCGGCUACUAGGUGAGACCACUUCCUGUUGAUUGUCCCCAUACUACAGCACCAAUGGCAGCCUCCUGUGGAGAUGCCAGGUAGCAAGCUAAGAUGGACACCUGCAGUGCCCUUUCUCCUACCUGUCUCCUGUCUCUCACUCCAGCUUUUUCUUCAGAAGAGGGGAGCAGGAGGUCCAGCAAAAGGGACAACAGAAGUCCUGGCACCCUGGGACUCCUACCCACCUGACUGUUUUUGCCAUGGUGCUCAUAUAAAGAGCUCUCACCAGAAAACUUCAUGGUGGGCUCCAACCCUGCAGCAUGAUGGAGAAAGUUGCAACACUUGAGCUCAUAGGAAGACCAGCUCUUUCUUCUGAGCCAUUCAGCAUUUAAAAUAUAUAAGGGUGAGAGAGUUGCUAAUUACCAAGCACACACCAGUGUUGGGCACUGUGAUAAACUCUCUCCAAAAACAGUUCCCUUUAAUGCACAACCUUUUGAGAUGAGCAUUGAUGCUUCUAGUUUACAGAGAAGGAAAUUAAGGCUCAGUGAGGUUAAAGCCACUGGCUACUUAGUGAGCAAAAUUGCUUUUAUUCUGCUACUCCCAUCCAAGUUGGGGAGCAUCAUCACAAUUCCCACUAACAU